ACAAAACCCGCUGCAAGCGUCUUCUCGCUCCGAGAUCCCAUCCAGCCACGCCAAAACGAAUAUGUCAGCUGCGCAAAGUCAAGUGACAGCGGCGCCGCGCUGAACGCUGCAGGCUGAAGCGGGUUCAGGGUGGCGUUGCGUUUGCUGUUCUCUCUCCUCCCUCUCUCUUGGUGUUAUCCUGGGACUGAGUGACUCGUUUAGGUCCGCUUUCUUUUCAAGUGAGCUUUUACUACCUUCCAUAAUUACGUCCCAAAGCAAAACGGACUUUUUAGCGCUUGCUUCUCGGACUCUCCAGAGGAAGAGACUCAUCGCCGCUGUGGUUGGAAUCGUCAUGGUUUUGACUCUCCUUAUCGUGAUUCCCCUGUUAGUCCAAACCUCUAAGACCGAUGCGCACUACGAGAUGAUGGGCACCUGUCGGAUGAUCUGUGACCCGUACAACCCCAAACCUAGCACCGCGGCUUUGGAGGUCAUGCAGGACCUGAGCGCCAUUCCAUCCCCCAGCUUUGGUCAAGGAACUAAGGGCGAACCAGGUCGGCCGGGGAAACCGGGGCCGAGGGGACCGCCUGGCGAACCGGGACCACCGGGUCCGAGGGGGCCACCGGGGGAUAGAGGAUAUUUUGGAAAGCUCGGGUAUUCCGGAGUAGUGGGCACAGCGCGGACUGAGACUGCCGGAGAAUUGGGCACGGCUAUCGGCGGGGCAAAGAUAGCGUUUUAUGUGGGACUGAAAAAUCCUCACGAGGGAUACGAAGUGCUGCGCUUCGACGAUGUUGUCACGAACCUGGGGAACCACUAUGACCCGACGACCGGCAAGUUUACAUGCCAGGUGUCCGGGAUUUAUUACUUCACCUAUCAUGUGCUGAUGCGCGGAGGGGACGGGACAAGCAUGUGGGCAGACUUGUGUAAAAACGGGCAGGUCCGGGCCAGUGCUAUAGCGCAGGACGCAGACCAGAACUACGACUAUGCCAGUAACAGCGUCGUCCUACAUCUUGAUUCCGGGGACGAGAUUUAUGUAAAGCUGGACGGCGGAAAAGCGCACGGUGGAAACAACAACAAAUACAGCACGUUUUCAGGUUUCCUUCUGUACCCGGACUAAUUUGGGAAGGUCUACCCAGUCCAACAGGCCGUGCGCGAGAAAAAAAGCCUCUAAACACAGCUCAUCAAACUGAUGGAAGAAAGCUGCCACCCAACAACAAAACCCUUCACAUUGUACUUACUUUUAAAAAUCUAACUUUCUUCAAAGGAUAUGGAUUCUUCUUUUAUUUUAAUUCUAGGAGUUCCACUUCAAAAGAUGGGUGCUUAUUAUUAUUUUUUAUCCUUUCCAGUGCACAAAAACACAUUUGAAACAUAUUUCUGCUGGAGAAAGAAGUGAAAUGAGUAUAAUAAAAGAUUCAGAAAAUUAUAUAUAUAUAUAUGUUAGGAACAAAGACUCUGUGUGUGCGUUUAUAAGUGUGUGUUUACAGUGCAGAUAUUUAAACAAUUAAACUGUGUGGAUUUUGUGCAUCACCGUAUAUCACCCCAUAUACAGAAGACAUUAAUGUGUGAAGCAGUGCUGAUUUGUGUAUAUACAGUCUAUUCAGAUAUAUGUUUUUAUGUAUUUAUCUAUUCAAGAAGAAAUUCCAUAUAAGCUGUAAUUAACUGUCCAUCUGUUGUUGCACAAAUGUGUCAAGAUGGCUUCACAUUCCAGUAUAA